AAUACUCUCCCUGUUCGAUUCCCGUUCCCGUUGAAUAACGACGCUCUCCGCUUUUGCAUCACAGAGACGCUCGUCGUACGGUCGACGCGAAUUUAUACGGUGCGGUGGGAUUAAUUGACUUGAAAAACUGUAGGCUGUUAUGCGACCGUUACGAUUUGAAUAUUUGAACGGUUGACGUGUUCGAUUCAAUUUUUGUGCUUGCCUUUUUACAUUCUGUACCGAUCCUUACAUAUAUAUACUAUUAUAUAUACAUAUAUGUUUGUUAUCACCCUUGUGCCUGGACAAAUCCUGUACGUGAGAAUGUGGUUAUUUAACGGCGUGUGUAAUUGAAUUUAUGAUAUUUAUUUUAUGGAUUUUUGAUGAUUAAUUUCAGUACGAUUAGCCUAGUGUUUCUAUGGGUUUGUUUGAUUGAUAUGUGUUACUAGGAUUGAUAUUGAUACUAUUUGAUGUUGGUUAUUAUUUUUUAACUACCAUUGGCCACUGGACUGAGCAUUUAUUGUAUACAUUAUUCCGUUUAAGGUAAUUACAAACUUUAUGAAAAUUAUAAUACGCUGCCGUGUCUGAGUAUUUUAUGCAAUUUUUACGGGUCUCUCAGUUGCUGUUCUAGAUGGUUUUAUAAUUUUUUAAUGAGGGACUGAUCGUAUGAAAAUUAUGCAGGUUUUUGAUGACAUCGUGUAUCUAUAUUUUCAUUUGUCAAUGAGUCGUGCAUUUCUUAAGGAAAAGCGAUAUCUUACUAUGAAAGUACGGAAACCGUAGAAACCGCAGUAAAUGUCGAAAACCACAAUUGUCAUACUAUUACAAUACAUAACCACGACACAUCUGUCGUAUGUUAAAAGGAACAAUGCUGCCACAAGGAAUUUGACAUAAAGACGAUAUUGAGAUAAAUGUAUGAAGAUUGAAAAAGACAAAAAUAUUGAGAAGUAGGAAUCUCUAGGAUUAGUCGGAAUGAAAUUGUGUAAAUCAGAAAACCAUAAUUCGUGCAGUAACCGUUAAUACCGUUGACUAAUCUACUUAGUCGGGAGUCGCGGAAUUACAGGAAACUUCAGAAGGAUCAAAAGGAAUAGCUAAGUGAUAAUUUGAAUUUUCACAGCUUUUAACUUCAUGGAAAUGAUCGUGAAUGAAAAGUGUAGAAUAGACAGAAGGUGACUGGUAAUAAGAGAGGGAGAGAAAGGAGAGAAGAAAGGCCUGGAGGAUCAGGCAGUGACUGGAGUGGUAUAAAAUGAAAAAUGAUUCCUACGGACAAUACGUGAGCUCGUUCCUGCCAUUGUGUCAGGAGGGAUUUCCAGCGAUUACCCAUUCUGCAGGGUUUCCCGUACUCGUUCAUUCGUUCGAUCAGGAGGGCGAUGGUGCACCUCCCUUAGCGUGGAUAUGGUAACGAUGAGCUCCGAAAAGUCGGCGUGCCGGCGCAAGCCGGCGGAGAACAAUGGCUCGAAGGCAGGGGCUGAACAGCCAGGCGGUCGAGGUCGGAUCGACGUGCCGUAUCAUCGCCAAGAAUCGGUCGAUCAGCCUGCAAACGCCACCACGACAGCUUCGUGUGCUGAGGAUACACCAAACUACCUCGUCUACAAGAAGAUGGAAUCAAUAGUGGAAAAGAUGUUGGAUGAAGUUACAGGUGUUCCAGUGAAGACUGUUAAAAGUUUCAUGACAAAAAUCCCUUCGGUCUUUACAGGGACCGAUCUCAUUUCUUGGAUGAUGAAGAAUAUGGAUAUCGAAGACCAAGAGGCUCUUCACGUGGCGCAUUUAAUGGCGGCACACGGAUACUUCUUCCCAAUAGACGACCACUGCCUCACAGUCAAGAAUGACAACACGUUCUACAGAUUUCAAACGCCCUACUUUUGGCCAUCUAACUGCUGGGAGCCUGAGAACACUGAUUAUGCCGUGUAUUUAUGCAAGAGAACAAUGCAGAACAAAACACGCCUGGAGCUGGCGGAUUACGAGGCAGAGAAUUUGGCACGGUUGCAGAAGAUGUUCUCCAGGAAGUGGGAGUUCAUCUUCAUGCAGGCGGAGGCGCAGAGUAAGGUUGACAAGAAGAGGGACAAACUUGAAAGAAAAGUUCUUGACAGCCAAGAAAGAGCCUUCUGGGACGUGCAUAGACCAAUGCCAGGCUGCGUUAACACUACCGAGAUGGACAUUAAGAAAGCCUGCAGGAGCCAUAAGCCCGUUGUCAAAGGCAGUAAACAUUUGCAGCUGGGUGUCGCAGGUGGAAGAAUCUCACCCACUCAUACGGAUUCUGAUUUGCCGUCGCCAUUGGAAUCCUUGCAGAAGGAAAUUUCCCUUCUGAAACAGAGACUCGACAGACGUAAUAUUAAACUGUCCAAAGUCGCAGAAGCGCUUAUUGGAUACUUCGAGCAAUACGCAGAAUACGAUCCCUUUAUCACACAACCAGAAUUCACGAAUCCAUGGAUAUCAGACAAUCCUGAGAUGUGGGAGCAGGAGAAACUAGCGAAGGAGAUUUCAGCAAGAAGAGUAAAGAGAUGGGCGUUCAGUCUCCAGGAAUUAUUACAAGAUCCAAUUGGGAGGGAACAAUUUAUACGUUUCUUGGAUAAAGAAUUCAGUGGUGAAAAUCUGAAAUUUUGGGAAGCUGUGCAGGAGUUAAAGACAUUACCUCAGCGUGACGUACAGGCGAAGGUUGAGGAAAUCUGGAACGAGUACCUGGGCGCUGAUGCAAGUUGUCCGAUAAAUGUGGAUUCGCAAUCCUUUGAGAUGACCAAGAGAAAUCUUGAGAAGCCAGAUCGCUGGAGUUUCGACAUAGCAGCUGCUCAUGUAUAUCAUCUGAUGAAAAGUGACAGCUACUCACGUUACUUGCGAUCCGAGAUGUACAAGGAUUUUUUGAAUGGCUCCAAGAAGAAGACAUCAGUGAAGGGGAUACGCUCCAUUGUUUCAUUUACGGGACGAAAAGAUCCCGCGGGCUCUUAAUUGAUUGGACCCCCUCAACUCCCCGUCCAGUUAUUUUUCGCGUCAUUUACAUUAAUCGAGUGGCCAGACGGGCUUAUCUUAUCUGACGAAUCGCGCGUCCCUUCGUUGUUUCUUGUAUACAAACCGAAGGGUCCAAAAUCAAAAUGAAUGAAUAUCCGGUCUGGGAUCGUUCUUCACGAUCGCGGAGCGAAUCGUCCACCAAUCGUCUACAUCGUUGCGAUUGGCGCUUUGCGUAAGUUCCAAAUGAGGAAAUUAAGGAAGAAAAAAGAACAUAAUUUGUACGUUCAAAAUACGUCUGAGGACGGUGAUGUUUUUAGUCAUUGUGUGUUCUCUCGGUUGGCUACAUAAGGAAUACGAGAACUAUACUGGAUUUUUUAUAUCAAGAGAAAAAUUGAUCGGUUGAAGACUUUUCGAAAAAUCGACCAUUUUUUCUUCCGUUAAUAAUACCUAUUUUUUCUUGCUGUAUCUUACACAAUACCAUACUAUCAACGCAUGAGAAAACUUAAAGUGCAAAUUGAACAAUCUACAAUUAAUCGAUAAUCGAAUUAAUCGAUUUCGAUUAUCAUUACAUACUUUAAUCUCGUAGAUUAUUUGCGAAUCGGCGCGAGUGCGUUUAGUAAACAUAUAUACAUUAAUAUAUAUAUACUUUACGAAGAGACUAUACGAACUGACUACGCUAAGACGUCACCAAAUCAAAAAUCAAGAAUUUUCAUAACUCACCGUACGAGCUCGACGAAGAUUCACGUCCUAAACAAUAAGAUUGUACAUGCUUGACAAAAUGGGCCGAACGAGUAGAACCGUUGGCCUUUUUUGGCAAAAAAUCGACCGGUGCCAUUUCCAUGUGAAAAAGGUGAAAAGAUAAAAAAAAACCAAAAGUAACAAUCAUUUCCAAAAUGCUGAUAAAAAUCAACAACAAAUCAGUGUGCCAAUUGCCAUUCGAAGAAACAUAUUUACUUAUUGACUUAAAUAUAUACUACUAAUAACAGCAGCAACAACAAAAACAAAACCCGCGAUAUAUAUAGACAUAUUCCCUAUGUAGCUCAACUAGUAAAAAAAAAUUCACAUAUGAACGUGUGUACAUAAAAAUAAAUAGCAUAAUAAUAAUUCAUUGCAUAUAACAUUAGGAAGAUUGCAAGGGGACUUGCCAAGACAAUUAGCAAAUCUCUUGAUUAGAAACCAAGGAAAGGAAGAAAGAAAGAAAACAAUGAUGAUUCUACAAUGGACGAGUACUGUGAUUGUGGGCCAAACGAGAACAAUGGAAUCGUGAGAAUUUCAUUACCAUGGCGAAUCUUAUGGUAAAAAUUGAAUUAUUCUAACGGACAAUGACAAUAUAUUUAAUUGUCCUCUUCAAUUUCUAUAGACGCUAAUGUUGUCACAAUAUUCGUCCAUAGUUCGGGCCACAUGGACAACACACGUGUAUGAAAAGUCUAGCAAAUAGGACACAGUCUUUCCCGGGUGGCUCGAACGACACAUUAUUAAAGUCUCGAGUAAGAGAAGUGAUUAUAAAAAAAAAAUACAGAGAAAAGACAAAAAAAUAAAGAUAACUCACAAGUAAUUCGAUGAAAAUCGAUAGACAAAAAAAAUAAGAGAAUUAAUAGUUGGCCAAGGGAGUACUUACUAUACAAGUAUAGUUGUGAUAGUUGCUGACUAGAUGAAUCGCGGUUGUAAAAUAGGCUGUAUAGUUAGAGAGUCGUUUAGUGGCUGUAACAGAAGAAACAAGUGUUAUGUAUCAUAACGGUGUAAAUACAGGUGUGGCACAUCAUAACAACUUUUUCUUUAAGAAAAACAUGAGUGAGAAUAACGGCUAUCACGAGAUUGAUAACGAUGAUAAUGAUGAUGCGCUAUAAACUGUAUAUUUGUAAUCGUACCUUAGCCUAGCAAGUUUAUGAUAAGAGGUGAAGGGGUACGAAAGGAUCUCAAGUGAAUAAUAGAGUGAAGAAAAUGUGAAGAUAAGCGUGAAGAGAGAAAAAGAGAGCGGAGGAAGAUGAAAGAAAAAUAAAAACAAACAUCGCUACUCGUGUUCACGUGCUGUGUGUGAACUCUUCGCAAUAAUUAUCGGUUGUAAAACGAUUGCCUGUCGUGAAUUGAUAAUUAAAUAACAUUUGUCAAUGCGAAUUGAUUACUAUACACAACAAUACUCGCUAAUUAAUAAUUUAUACAGUAAGGACGACGAUGUCUAUUAUUCAUGAAACAGUGAAAUUACAUGUCACACGUAUUUCAGAAAAUGAAACAUAAGCAGAACCGUA